AUGUCUGAUUUAAUAAAAAAGAGAUUGUCUGUUGGACAACCAUUAAGAGAUAAUAAUAGUCAUAAACAGAAUCAACAAUCACAACAACAGCAACAACCAAGAAAGAGUAUAUUAACAAAUAGAAGUGAUAUUACAAAGAAUAAUAAUAAUAAAAAUGAUAAUGAUGAUAUCGAUAGUGAAAGUGAUAAAGAUGUAGAGUUAUUGGAUGAAAAUAAUCAAAAGAAACAACAACAGCAGCAGCAACAUCAACAACAACAGACGCAACAACAGCAACAACAAUCAAUGUCAAGUCAAUUAUCAGCCGUGCCUAUGUCAAAAAGAAAGUCAUUAUUACCACCUAAACCAGUUUCAAAUUCAAAUUCAAAUAAUAAUAAUAAUAAUAGUAACAAUGGUAUAACAAACAGACAGAAUCAACAACAACAGCAACAGCAACAAAGAAAUGUACUUACAAAUGAACAGUUGUCAGAGAUGUAUUCAAAUGUUAUAAAGUUAUCUACUGAAAAUAAAAUCAAUACAAAGAAUACAUGGCAUCUAAAUUUGAUUGAUCAUAUUGACGAUGUCUUGGUGAAACAACAGAAUACAAACAGUAAUACAACCAAUUUUCAAGCGGCUUCAUGUGCACUCGAUGCAAGUAUCAAGAUCUAUUCGAGUCGUGUUGAUUCAAUGCACAAUGAAGUGUUCAAGGUGUUGGGUGGACUCUCGAGAGACGGUAAGGAGACCGGUGGUAGCGACGAUGAAGACGAUGACGAAGACAAGGAGAAAGGUGGUCUCGAUGCCAAUGGCGAACCAACCGGUGAAUCGGAGAAACAACGAAUGGAGAAUAAGAAGCGAAAGAAGAUGAGCAACACCAUCGAGACCAACAUGGAUAGCAUCACCUGGAAGAAGGCAGACAAGACACACAACUUUGAUCCACUCUUUCAAAAGACAUCGGCAGCGUUCGACGAGGGUGGAGUCAGAGGUUUGCUACUGAACAAGCUGGCAUUCCAAAACUUUAGAGUUAUAUUGGAUUCUAAGGAGUUGUCAUGUCCCUCACUAGAUAGCAACAGCAAUAACAGUAGUCAACAACUACCACCUCCUGCAGCUGUUGUUAAACCUGCUACUACAACUACACCUGUCAUUCCAAUGGAGAUUGAUUAUAAUGAAUUUGAACCAAGUCAAGACAUUGAAGUUUCACAGCAGCAGCAACAACAACCAAUUAAUAAUAUUGUCAGAGAAGAUGGAUCUACAUCGUUCAAGAUCGAUGUUUCCAAGUGGAAGUUGCAGGUUGGUCGUGUUGGUGCAACACAAACACCAAUAAAGAGGCAUGCAAGUAUAUGUCCAUUGCUGUCGGCAUUCAAUGGUUGGUCUACAAAGAGUCAUGAUAUUUCGACAACCGGUGGAAAGAGUCAGUUACUGCAACAGGAUGAUAAAGAUACGAUUAUGACUGAUCAAGAUGGUGUUGGUGGUGAGUCAUUGCCACAGAUCGAUUUGGAGGCAGAGGACAACUUUGCUAUUGGAGAUGACCGUCAUCUAAGUGAUGGUGAAGAUAAUGAUAUAGGCGGUGAUUUCGAACUGGGAGGUGACUAUCAAGAUGAUUUCGAUAUGCUAAGCAAUAAUAAUAAUAAUAACAACAAGGAUAUCGAUAUAAACUUUGCAGAUAAUAUUAUCAAUGGUAGUUUUGAAAAUGGAGGUACAAACAACAACAACAACAAGUCAAAGAGUUUAGAUUUUGCAUCGGACAACUGGGAGAAUCUUGAUUUCGAUAAUGAUAAUUGGGUACUACCAACCAGUUGGAAAAUCAAGAUGAACAAUCGUAAGGCUGCAGCAUCUGGUGUAGUGGGUGGAAAAGACGAUGAACUGGGAGGAGCAACCUCUGCUUCGUCUUUGGCUGCCACUGCUGGAAAGAAGAGUAAAUCCUCUAAAAAGAAAGGAUCGGUAUUCAUUGACUUUGAUGCACCUGCACCACCCGACUCUAUGUUUGAACCACCCAAAGGCAGACAAACCACUACACUCUCCUCAACCGCCCUAAAGAAAGCCUCUGAAAACUCAACCAUCUUACCACCAGACGUACAUUAUGACCCAACCAAUCUCUGUAGAUUAUUUAACAAACCACAAUGGAUUAUACCUCCUUUGAGUAAAAGAGAACAAUUCUUUAAAAAGUUAUAUGGGAAGAACGAUUCUACUACAGAUAUAGAUGGUAUUACAACUACCACAACCACUAAUAACAUUAGAGAGAGCAGUGAAUAUGAUUUUCCAAGUUCUCAGAUUCUCAAUGAUAAUCAUGCUGGCAAUGGAGAUUAUGAUACCGGUGGUGGAAACGAUUAUGACGAUGGUCUGAUUGAUAAUGGAGACUUUUGUGAUUCAGGUGGAUUCGAUAUGCACGAGGAGGAUCUCCCACACAUGGAGAGUGUAAAACCAUCGAAUUGGGCGGACGAUACCACCGAGGGACCAACACUCAUUGAAGAACCAUUCAAAGUUGCUAAAUUCGAUCUUCCAUAUGCAAGAGUUGCCAAGAAGAUCGAUGUCAAGGAAAUGAAAUCAAAGGUUUGGUCGAUUGUAGAGACAAAAACAACCAGUAGCACUACACAGCCGACAAACAAAUCAAAAGAGAAAAGUGAUGAUCCAUACACAGACUUUACAUCGGUAUAUAAAAAUCUCAAAGUGGAUAAUUCAACAGAGGUAUCUGUAGCGAUGGCAUUUAUGUGUGUGCUUCAUUUGGCCAAUGAGAAAGGGCUUUCACUUCAUCAAAUAGAGAAAUCAGAGGAUUCAAUCAACAAUUUUACUAUAGCUCAAUAA